CGCAAACGAGUCAUGGUGACACACACAGGUCACAAUGCAGAGAGCCCAAACAGAAACAGCAGUGUAAGCUGCUGCUGCCUUAAUUAAACAUACACAGGUGGUGCCUUGUUCUUGCUCAGUCGGAAAAACAAAUACACCCAAACUCAAAUUCCUCAUCCAACUUCAAUUCUCAAUCAACCAUCCAAAAAGCACACUCUCAGUCUCCUCAAAUCUCCAAUUGCACCUUUGGGUGUUGACAUUUCUGAGAUUUUCUUCUUAUCUGGGGUGCUUUUCAGAUUCGUGCAGAAAAUCUUGGAAUAUAAAUCCAGGCCCAUCUCAAUUCACAAAGAAGGAGGAUGAGAACCUUAGCCAAAGGCAAUCAGGAGGAGGAUGACUACGACGACGAGGAAUUUGUCUCCAGAAAAGAGGGCCCUUCUUCCAAUUCCAACAGCAAAGAUGCCAAGAACAACGAUAAGGCUAGUGCUAUACGAUCGAAACAUUCAGUCACGGAGCAGCGAAGGAGGAGUAAGAUCAACGAGAGAUUCCAGAUAUUGAGAGAUUUAAUACCCCAUAGUGAUCAAAAGAGAGAUACGGCAUCAUUCCUGCUUGAGGUGAUUGAGUAUGUACAAUAUUUACAAGGAAAAGUCCAAAAAUAUGAAGGUUCAUACCAGGGGUGGAGUCCUGAGCCCACAAAGUUAAUGCCGUGGAGAAAUAGUCACUGGCGUGUGCAGAGUUUUGUGGGUCAUCCUCAGGCUGGAAAGAAUGAUACUGGUGCAGUGUCACCAUUUCCUGGAAAAUUUGAUGAAAAUAGCAUUUCUAUCACCCCGAACAUGCUUGCAAAUAGCACGCAGAAUCCAGUAGAAUCUGAUCCUGUCAGGGAUGUUGCUUCCAAAAUUAUGGAUCGGCAACCUGAGAUAGUGAACAAGGCAAUUCCUCUGCCUAUGCCUCUGCCGGUUAACAUGACUGCCCCUGUCAGAAGUGAUGGUAUACUUGCCCAUCCUCUUCAGGGACCAGUUUCUGAUGCCCAAUCAACUCAGUGCCCCACCACUAGUGCUAGUGAUACACUGAAUCAACAGGAGGAGCUGACAAUUGAAGGUGGCACAAUAAGCAUCUCAAGUGUUUACUCACAAGGGUUAUUAAACUCUCUGAAUCAAGCACUGCAGAGUGCUGGUGUUGAUCUGUCACAGGCUAGUGUCUCAGUGCAGAUUGAUCUUGGAAAUCGUGCGAACCGAGGGCUAUCCUCUGGAACACCUGCUUCUAAGGAUCAUGAGAUUCCCCAUUCAAGCAAUCAAACAGUGGCACAUUUUAGGGAUGCUGGCAGUGGAGAGGACUCAGAUCAAGCUCAUAAGCGCAUGAAGACAUAAAACUAGUGCGGGGUUUCCUCUGUCUUGAUUUCUUCCAGAUUUUACUCUUUUGUUAUGAUUUGGGAUGUCAUAGUGUCAUCUUCUGGUUAGUGUACAUGGGGUGGUAUGUUUUUUUUAUUUAAAAAUUUUAAAACACUAUUUCAUUGAACUCGUGUUUAGAGCCGUUUCCAUAAUUUAUAGAUUUCUUUGAGUAACCCAUCUUAGGGGAUCCCAUUACCCGUAAUUUAGCUGUAUCGUACAUAA